GGUCACACUGGUACUACACUUUUCUUCAAUUCGCAAAAUGGCGGAUGGAGGCGUGGAUAUAGAUUUGUACGCCGACGAUAUUGAAUCUGAUUUUAAUAGACAGGAUGACUUUGGAGGUGAAAAUGUCGAUUUGUACGACGACGUGAUCGCAGCCCCGUCGAAGCCCGAAGACGGCGACGGGCCACCCAACUCCGGACCGCCGCAGCAUCAGCAUCCACCGGAGGAAACCAACGGUUCAGUUCCGUACCACCACAACACCGUAUCAAGCCACGGCCAUCAUGGCCGCCGCUUCCAACUUUACAUCGGCAACCUCACCUGGUGGGCGACUGAUCAAGACAUAGCUAACGCGGUCGCCGAUAUCGGCGUAACGGACUUUCAAGACGUGAAGUUCUUCGAGAACAGGGCAAAUGGACAGUCGAAAGGAUUCUGCGUCAUAUCGCUGGGUUCCGACCAAUCCACCAGGAUGGUCCUCGAUCGACUGUCCAAGAAGGAGAUUCACGGUCAGCAUCCCGUUGUGACGCUGCCAACUAAACAGGCGUUGAAUCAGUUUGAGAGUCAGUCGAAGACAAGGUCAACACCGCCCGGACCCAACAACCCCGGUAUGAGAGGUCCUCACCCUGGGGGCAUGCCUGGCCCACACCCUGGAGAAUUCUUUGGUGGCGGACCAAAUGGACCGGGACCAAAUGGCCCACGCAUGAUGAUGCCUGGGCCAGGCCCCCAUCAUCAGCUUCGUGGGCCCCCACCCGGACCCCAUGGCCCCCCACCGCACCACAUGCAGCAGCACCAAGGCCCCCCACCGCACCAUAUGCCGCCUCAUCAGGGCCCGCCCCCGCACCAGGGGCCCCCACAACACAGGCCACCGAUGCAGUUCCAAGGGCCGCCGCAGAUGCAACGCGCCCCCGGAGGCCCUCCAGGAGGCCCGCGAGGGGGCCCUGACUGGCCCAGGCCCCACCACAUGCAGGCCCCAGCUCCACAAUACGGACCCCCGCAACACCAAAUGCCGCACCAAAUGCCCCCGCCGUCACCGCAUGGGGGCGCGGGCGGCCGCGGUGGGCCCGGCGAGUGGGGCGACGAGCUGCCGCGCCCGCACCCGCCGCACGCGCACGGCCCGCCGCCGCACCACAUGCCGCACCACAUGCCGCCGCUGUCGCCGCGCGCGCCGCCCGGGCAAGGCAUGCCGCCGCCUCACCAUCAGAUGCCGCCGCACCAGCAGGGCCCGCCCAGGGGACCCGCGCCGAUGCCGCAACAUCCAGGCGGGGCUCCAGCGCCGCACGUGAACCCGGCGUUCUUCAACCAGCAGCCGCCCGUGCAGCCCGCGCCCGCAGUGCAGCCGCCGCCGCAGCCCGCGCCGCCCGGACCAGGCGCGCCCUACGGCCACCCGGCGCACGGAGGCCCGCCGCCCGCACAGGGCCCGCCGCCCGGCGCGCGCCAGCCGUACGGAAGACCACCUGCAAGCUACCCCGGCGGUGCCGAGGCGCGGCCCGCGCACCACCCUUCGCCGCUGGGCCCGCACGCGCCCCCGCACGCGGCGCACCCCACGCACCCCGCGCACCCGCCGCACCCCGUCAUCAGUGAGGCGGAGUUCGAGGAGGUGAUGGGCCGCAACCGCACCGUGUCGUCCAGCGCCAUCGCGCGCGCCGUCAGCGACGCGGCCGCGGGCGAGUACGCGUCCGCUAUCGAGACGCUGGUCACCGCCAUCUCGCUCAUCAAGCAGAGCAAGGUGGCACAUGAUGACAGAUGCAAGAUUCUCAUCUCCUCACUCCAAGACACAUUGCACGGCGUAGAGACCAAGUCGUACGGGGGAGAGAGACGGCGGUCGCGGUCGAGGGAGAGGGAUGCGCGCGUGCACCACCGCGCGCCGCGUCGCAGGGAGCGUUCCGCGUCGCGCUACAGGGACAGGUCGCGUGACAGGGAAGAGCGAGACAGGUACAGGGAAAGGUCGAGGGAGCGUGACCGUGAACGCGACCGUGGUGAUACGUAUUACAGGGACUAUCGUGAGAGGGAACGCGACCGCUCAAGGUCCAGGGACCGCGAGCGUGCAGAGCACUACAACAGGGGACACAGCCGGACGGAAGAGAGGCCUCGCAAGUCGCCCGUAGAGCCAGCGGUGGAGAGUGGCGCCGGAGAUACAAGCACGAGCAAAAGUCGUACAGCGGCGACGCCCUACUACGACGAGCGGUACCGCGAACGCCGCGAACGCGACCCUCCCACCGCGGACCGCGAGCGCGACCGCGAACGCGACCACCGCCGGGACGCUAGGCAUUAAAUGACUAAUAAACUAAAACUAGACCAUACCAUAGUCUAAAUAAAGUACAGUACUACCACUUUCAGAAGUAACGCUGAUGUACAUUCAAAGGCCGUAAUUUGUUUAGCACCUUAAUGAUCAUAUUCGCGUGGCAAGGUUAUGCACAUGCGUUAGGUGUGUGUAGCGUGUUUAUAGAAAAAAGCCAUAAGUGCGACAGGUUUUUGAUGCAAUAGUUUCGCGGAAUUGCUACUCGAAUUCUGAGGCCGACCGUACCUACGCAGAUAUUAUAUUAUAUAUUAUGUAUGUGACAUUGCCAUUACGGGAUAGUGGGAGCAAAAUUCUAUUUUGUUAUUCUGGGACUUUGAACUUUCUCUCUUCUGAUUGGUCCACAAACAUUCGUAUGUCUUGUUUUUGCUCAUAGGUAGUGAUGUAAAAUAGUGCCACUCGGGGCCAAAAUUUUAUGUUUAAGGGCGACGUAUAUCAAUUCCUCUCUCAUAACCCCAUGUUGAUUCCACAGUUUGUAUGUGCGUGGAAAAAAGGAUCUGGCACAACGGGCGGUCGAAGUCACCAGGCACCCAGGUGGUUAGGGUGAA